GAACCCUCUUUGACCGAAAGGAAAAAUCGUCGUCGCAAUUCAAAUCCGCAAAAGGGAAAAAGCGAAUUCGUCUUCGUUCACGCUUUCCACCUUCCUUCUCUUCUCUCUCUCCCCCGAAGGUAAUACCCAAUUCAUGCAAUAGAGAUAGAGAGAGAGAGAAGAGAGAGAGAGAGAGGGUACUUUCCUAACUCGCUCUAGCGUUUCUCUCUCUAAAACCCGAGAGGGGGAGAGAUUCAGAAGCCGACCCAAAUUGCACUUUCCUGCGCGCAAAACCCUUGCCAUUCUCUCCGUCGCUCUUGAUGCUGCGCCAAGGGACGGCGGCGAUGCGAUGAUUCCCGUCGAGUGGGUGGUCGUUGCGCCGGAGCGAUCGCGGUGGCUGUGGGAGUUGGAAUAGAGCGCGCGCAUGGAAUUCGUUGGGCGGACCGUCACGAAGGGGUUCAAGGGGUUCGGGGCUCUCACCGGGACGGUGAGAUCGUACGACCCGGCGUCUGGGUUGUUUAAGAUCGUGUACGACGGCGGCGAUUCCGAGGAGCUGGAGUCGCGGGAGAUGGCAGCGCUCUUUCAGGAGGGCUCCAGAGCCGAGGUGGCCAGUGGGGCGAUGCGCCCUGGUCGGAGGUCAAAGAAGCGGCGCCAUGCCGGAGUUGAAGGUGCGAGCAAUGCGUGUAGUGAUAAAGUAGUCGUCGUUGGUUUAGAAGCCGUUGGUAAUGAGGGGUUGCGGGGUGGGGAAGGGUUUUGUGGCGAUUUGCAGAGAAAUGGCUGGGUGAGCGAGGAUUUGAGGGGGAAAAUUAAUUUGAAUGAUCCGGUGGAAGAGAAUAUAGAGGACAAUCUGGCAGGUGCGGAGGUGUGUAACGGCUAUUCGAGUAGACAUGUGGAUGGGAAGGGAGGCUUUGAUUUGAAUUCUGGGUUCGAUUUGAAUGAAGGUUUGAAUUUGAAUGAUGGGUGUGAUACGAAUGUUAGUUCUGAGAAGAAAGCUGUGAAGAGAAGUAGGAUCGACUUAAAUUUGGAGGCGACUAGUGAUUUGGAUGAGAAUUUGGAGGAGGAUUCCCUUUCUGAAAGAAAAAAGUGUCUUAUUGAUUUGAAUUUAGGAGUUGAUGCUGAAGCGAAGGAUGUUGAGUGCAAUGUCAAUGGACAGCUAUGUGAAAGCAUGUCAUGUCAGUUGGUCGAGGACAUUAAUGUUGAUAUCGCCAGAAAUGGUGAAGAAAGAUUCAUAGAAUCUAACAUUGCCAAUGGAACUAGCCAAGAAGUUCCUGUAGAGAUUGACGCUCGUUCUGGAGUGAGACCUAUGAGUGGCUCUACGGAUGCUGCUUGUGAAGAAGAAAGGUCUGGUCUCAUUGAUGUUUCAGUUUCACAUGUAUUUGGCAAUGAGUCUUUUGGAGAUAUAGCUUGCGAUAGCUUGGAAGAUUCUAAAGUAUCUUUGCCUCAAAGAGAUGGCGCCUUCAAGACUUGCGAUGCCAUGCAUACUGGGAAUCAAGGCAAUUUCGCAAGCCCACAUGAACAUGGAAGUAGGCGGGGAAGGAAAAGGAAGUACUUGAAUAAUUUGAACUCUGCUGGGACAGUGUUGAGAAGAAGCGCACGGAGAGGAUCUACUAAAAGUUGUGAUGCUGGCGUGGCCCCGUUGGAUGCUGUCAAUGAUCUGACAUCAUCUCCUGCUGUUAGUGCAAUAACGGAAGACAAACCGGAAGACGGCAUUCCUUCUCCGAAGUUGCAACUGCCCCCUUCUUCCCAAGAUGUAAAGUUAGAUGGAACCUUGGUCCUGGACGGCUUUUGCGUAUAUGCAUUUUUGAGAUCAUUCGGUAGUUUGCUAUUUUUGAGUCCUUUUGAGUUGGAAGAUUUUGUUGUGGCGCUAAAAUCAGAUUCUGCUAAUUUGUUAGUUGACUCCAUUCAUGUUUCCCUUCUCAUAACUUUGAGGAAGCAUUUGGAGCACCUCUCCUGUGAAGGUUCUAUGUCUGCAUUGAAUUGCUUGAGGAGCCUUAAUUGGGACCUGCUGGACUUAGUAACAUGGCCCAUAUUCUUGGUUGAAUACCUGUUGCUGCAUGGAUCUAAACUCCAGGGCGGUCUCGAGCUUUGUCACAUAAACCUUUUAAAGGAUGAUUACUACAAACAACCUAUGCCUGUAAAAGUUGAGGUACUUCGGUGCCUGUGUGAUGAGGUGAUGGAGGUGGAAGUUAUAAGGUCAGAACUUAGUCGGAGAUCUUCGGUGACUGAUCCUGAUGUUGAUAUUGAUCGGAGCAUGAAAAGGACAGGUGCAAUGGAUGCUUCAGGUAGAGCUCAUGUGACUGAGGGGACUACUGAUGAUACUGACUGGAAUAGUGACGAGUGCUGCCUUUGUAAGAUGGAUGGAAAUUUAAUAUGCUGCGAUGGUUGCCCUGCUGCAUAUCAUUCAAGGUGUGUCGGAGUUGUGAACGAUCUUUUGCCGGAAGGGGACUGGUAUUGCCCUGAGUGCACUCUAGAGAGAAACAAGUCAGGGAUAAGAUCACGCAGAUCUUUUCGUGGGGCAGAGCGGUUGGGAAUUGAUCCUCAUGGUCGACUUUAUUACAGCUGCUAUGACUAUCUAUUGGUGUUGGAUUCAUCUGAAACUGAAGUCUCUUUCUAUUAUUACCACAAAGAUGAUCUGCAUCUCGUUACUGAAGUACUUCAGUGUUCAGCAAAAUCUAACUCUGGCAUAUUGAAGGCAAUCAACAGACAAUGGGGCAUUCAUUUCAGCUCAAGAAAAACGAAGGCUAUUCUUGGUUCCUCAAAUUCUGUUGCCCCUUUGGAGUUGCCUGUUAAGGGACAAUUUGUUGCUGCUUCUAUGACAGUGGCAUCCCUGCCUCCCUGCGCAGCUUAUGAAGGUACUGGUAAAGCUGAUGAUGACAAGCACUUGGAAGAGGAAUCUCUCUUACAAGCCUCCGACUUAACUGGAUUUGAAACUUCAAAAUCUGGAAAAGAAGUGCCUACUGUGGUAGAAACUCCACACGUGAGUUCAGAAGGCUCAACUAGUUCAGAUCCAGCCAAACAAUGGCAAAGCUGUUCUAAUGGAUAUGUGCAGUUGCUAGAAAAGUUUGAGAUUCCUGGGAGGUUCCCUAAUCAGGGAGAUUUUUGUAUGACAUCUGCCAUCUCAGAUUGCAAAGCAGAUAAAGCAGAAUCUGCAGCUACAACUGUCGCUUCCUUGACAUUUAUCUCUGCAAAAAAUGAUGCACCAGUGGAACAAGGUCGAACCACUUACGUGAAUCUUUACAGGUUUGGGCAAAUAGCGGCUUCUGUUGCAGAAGAAUUAGCAGAAAAAUCAUCAGACAAAGUUAAGGAAGACCAUGUAAGAUCGGAUGAGGAAACAAUUCUAAUUCAGCUGAAGGCCAUCUCAAAAAGAAUUGCUAAGUUUAGUUGGCCAGAUGAGAUAAGUGUCGCAGCACAAAAAGAAAAGUGUGGAUGGUGCUUCUUAUGCAGAUUUCCGAGCGAUGAGUUUGAUUGUCUAUUUAAACUGUAUGCGCAGCCUGCUCAGGAAGGUUUUGGGAGUGAGAUGGAUAUUCUACAAUCACUGCCGAGCAAGAAAGGCCACCUUAUAGAAGUCAUUGGUCAAAUCAUCUCGAUGGAAUGCCGUUUACGUGGGCUUCUAUUGGGUCCAUGGCUGAGUCCUCAUUAUACUAAAAUAUGGCAUAGAAGUGUCACCAAGGCAUUGGAUUUGUCUUCUCUGAAGUCUUUGUUGCUUAAAUUAGAGUCAAAUUUGCGGCAUCUUGCAAUUUCCGAAGAGUGGUUCAAAUAUGAGGACUCUUCUGUGAUGCUUGGUUCAGCCUCUCAUGUCGUGACAAGUGCUUCAUGCGAAUCUUCAAAGCCUAGUAGUAGCAGAAAAAGGGGCAGGCGCUCAGAUCUUGAGUCGAGCAAGCCUUCACAUAAUUCUUCAAGUGCACCCAGUACGUUUUGGUGGAGGGGUGGUAGACUCUCUCGUCGGGUGUUCAAUUGGAAGGUUCUGCCUCGUUCGCUAAUUCAUAAAGCUGCUAGACAAGCUGGGUGCAUGAAGAUUCCGGGAAUCUUAUACCCUGAAAGUUCAGAUUUCGCAAGGAGGAGUAAACAUGUCGCCUGGCGGGCAGCUGUCGAAUCAUCAAUAAGUACUGAGCAGCUCGCUCUUCAGGUUAGAGAACUUCAUUCAAACAUCCGGUGGGAAGAUAUUGAAAACACAAAUCCUCUCAGCAAGUUUGAUAAAGAACUCAAAAAGUCAGCGAGGGCAUUUAAGAAAGUUAUUAUUCGCAGAAAAGCUUUAGAAGGAGAUGCAGCGAAAUAUCUUCUUGAUUUUGGAAAGAGAAGAGUCAUCCCUGACGUUGUUAUGAGACAUGGAUCGAUUGUUCAGGAAGGCUCCAGCGAAAGGAAGAAAUAUUGGCUGAAUGAAUGUUUUGUCCCCUUGCAUCUCUUAAAAAGCUUUGAAGAGAAGAGAAUAGCCCGAAACUCUAAUAAGAUGAGUACUUCAGGGGACUCUGAUUCUCAUAGUGUGAAGAAGUUUUCUGAUAAAAUGGGUUCUGCAAGACUUUGUAAGGGUGAUAUGACAUUGAAGAAGCAACUCUGCAAGGCAAAAGGCUUGUCGUAUCUCUUCUCAAGAGCGGAAAGAGCUGAAUUUUCUUGCUGUGGGCACUGUAAGAGAGAUGUUCCAAUCAGGGAAGCUGUAAGCUGUCAGUACUGCAAAGGUAUUUUCCACAAGCGGCAUGUCCGGAAGUCUGCUGGAGCCAUUGCUGAUGAGUGCACUUAUACAUGUCAUCAAUGCCAAACAGGUAAACCUCAGAAGGUGAUGGAGAGGGUAGGGAAAACUGAGAAACCUAGAGGUAAUAUGAAGUCGAGAACGGGGAAAGGUAAAAUAAUCGGGAAGUCAGCGAAAAGUCUGUCAAAGAAAAGUAAAAAGGCUCUUGCGAAGCGCAGGCUUGUAAAGCUUCGUGGUGUUAAGAGAGCAGCAACUGGUGAGCAAUCAGUUCAAUCAUUAACUUGUCGAAGAGUACCUCUUCGUCGUUCUGCUAGACAAGCUAUAAAGAGCAUCGCAUUGCAAAAUAAGAGCCGUGGAAUCAAAAAGGGGAAACGAAUGAAGUACAAAAGGCGAAUGCCCAAGAAACCGGAGAAGGAUACUUCAUGGAAGAAGAAGAGAACAGAGGUCUGUUACAGCCGCUGGGUAAAUGGUCUCCUGUUAUCUACAAGGGCAUCUGAAGAACAGGUGGUGAAUUUUGGAAAAAUGAGACUCAUUCAUCCCAAUGGAAAUGUAAAAGUGGAGCGCACUGAGGUGAAGUGUCAUCUUUGCGGGGAAGUGGCUCAUGAUUCUUUGUCAAAUUAUAUUGCCUGUGAAAGUUGUGAAGAGUGGUACCAUGGAGAUGCUUUCGGACUUGACGAUGAGAAGAUGCAUCAACUUACGGGAUUUAGGUGUCAUGAGUGCCGUAAACGGGCUCCUCCCAUCUGCCCCUAUGGGCCGACUACAAAGAGGUCCAAAUCUGCUGAGGUGCAGAAUGAUGCUGCAUUCGAGUGUUCGGAGGAUGUGUUAAAUGUUAGUCCGCCCUCCAAUGAAGUGAACUUUAGAGAUGAUUCUAAUGGGAAAGAAAAUUCAGCAGCUUCAGUUCCAGUGGACGAGGCACUAUAGAUCACUUAACAAUUGGCGAGCUCUUUGCAAUGUCAGAAGCUGAGUUGGCAGCAGAAGACCACAUUACCUUCAAACGAGAUAUUGAAAGCGUGUGCAAUCUUGUAGUCGAACAGAGAUGUGAAGCCUGUUUGUGAUAGCCGUACUGCAUUCAUUUUCAAAGAGACUUUGAGUACAGAACAGAAGGAUGUGUUAGAUUAAACUCACCUGCUGGAGUUUCCAUCUGAUAAUGUUUAUGUCAGGAAGAGCCAGCAUAUCCAGUUGCUAACGAGGAACCAAAGUGAACAUAAUGGUUGUUUUUGGGUCGCCGAUUGGGAAGAGCUGUUGCUAACAUCAGAUCAAGGCCUCACAUUACUGGCAUCAAGCUAAUUGUCAGAAGAGUAUUGAGAAGUGUAUAGAUUGAAAUAGUGACCCAUUUAACGUAGCAAAGCUGCCACCUCCAUCAGGUUAGGAUGUUUGUAAAUUCUCUGAUUUAGGUUAUAUUCGUGGCAGAAUUUAGGAGAAUGUGCUAGAGUGAUUCAUUUUACAUCGGUGAAUAAUAUUCCUUUAUCGGGCUUAUGUGGAGGGGUGAGCAGAGACCUGUUAACAGCUUGAACAAAGCCAGUUAAAUGGAUCACAGCAUUUCUGCAGGA